UUGGCUGAAUCACAUGUGAAACCCAUGGCCGAAACUCAUGGGCGAGAAGCGAAGUAAGCCUGGCUGGAGCCUGGCACGAGAUGCCCCUCGCCCGCGGAAGAAGCAGGGCUGGGAGUGUCCAGCACCCUCUGUGGAGGAUUGGGAGGACUACAAAGAAUGGCUCCAGCAACAGGACACCCUUAGGCCCUCAGGCAGAAGCUCUACAGUGUGGGCUCGGCCUUCGCCAUGACACAGCCAAGCGGUUUGCAACGUUUUGCUCCUCUAUCAACGCCACCGUUAUAUAGUUGGCUAGUGCAACAGGAGCGGAAACAAGAGCUGCCUGCUGGGCCACAGAUCUUUCUAGCCGACAUCUCCUUGCUCUUCCAUCAGGAUCCGGAUGUCAAGCUGCCAUGGAUUCACCGGGUGAAAUGUGAACUGCCACGGCGAGUGGGGCGCUUGGCGGGUGACCUUCCUAUCAAGGCCAGCUACAUAGGCUUUGGGAGAGAGUCCGCUGAAGAGGGCUACGAGAUUUUCCAAGAAGCCAUGGCUGAGAUUGGAGUGCUGCUUUGUAGGCACAUUCACCAUCCCACAAACCGCUUUGAGUUGGCACAUUUGGAGCAAUCUGACCUGAUCUUCCUGGACCGGGGUGAGCGCAAGCGCCUAUGGGAGACCCUCGGUACAGACCUGGGUGGAAGCGAGGUGGCAGAACACGUCAAGUGGCGCUACUUACAAGGUGCUGUGGUCAUUGCAGUCGGGGAAUCUAUGACGUUGCUGGGGGAGAAGUCCUGGUAUUGGUCCAACGACGUAGCAAUCCCUUUCAAAGGCUGGUGCAUUUUCCCGCACAUCGUGGCCCCGGAAGACGGCACGGAUAUGGAAGAACUGGUGGAGCAGUUUGGUGGUGCUGGAGUUGUCAUUUUGGGAAUUCACAAGGGCGGUGGCAUGAUCUUCAACAAGGACGGCCUGGUCGAACCUGCAAGGCAGAUGAUCCAGGAAUAUCGUUGGGACUGGCAAUCCAAGAGUGUCAAGCAAGCCCUGCUGCUUGGACCUCCACGGAAUACAGGCCUCAUUUGUCCUCUCUAUACUGCCAGCCGGGAGGUUGCAGGGGAUGAUGAGCUGCAUGACGUGUAUGCCUAUGCCCUGACGGUGGAAGAGGAAGAGGAGGAGCAGCGUUUGAUCUCCAAGUUUGAUCCCUUCGACCGGUGGCUGGAUGUCCAGACCCAGCAGGAGCUAGAUGCCUUGAAGAAGCAAGGGAAUGAAGCGUUCAAAGCAGGGAAGGCGGAUGUUGCCUUCCUGCACUACAACCAAGCACAGGUGCUGCUUUGCAGUGCUGCUAAGCCAUGGCCGGAGCUCCCUGAGAAAUUGAGGAUGGCGAUUGAAGCAAAAAGCGAAGAGACAGCGAGUCAGGGAUGCAGCCCCAGAAAGGAGGACUACCAGGCAUGUGCUAUCGAACUCUCCUUGCUUUUGAACAUUUCCGCCUGCAGCCUUCUGGCAUACAGCCAGGAUCUUUCUCGGAAGCUGGAAAAACCAGAUCCUGAGGAGGACCUGAAACCCAAGAGCUCAAAUGGCAAAGACCCUGCCUCAAUGAUGCUGGUUGAGGUCAAGGACAACUUGGUUGUGGCAUUUAGGGCCGCCAAUGACGCUUUGCGACUCUCUUUGGCCCGCUCUGCCAAGGCAUGGUUCCGUCGAGCUACUGCCUUUGAGAAGAUGAGGGACUACCGCAAUGCGGUGCUGGACUUGGAAGAGGCGCUGCUGCGCGAACCGCAGGACAAGGCCAUCGUCAAGAAGCGGAAUGAGAUGAGGGACUUGGCCAGUCAUGUGGCUGAAAAUAUGUACUACGCCCGGCACAAGGAGCUAGAUGCGCAAGAGCAGCGUUUGAACUUGGAGACGCGGAGAGCAUUGCACCUUCGUGGCUACUUGGGAUUUGACAAGUACGAAGACAAGGACUUGCAGUUUGCCCUGCAACAACCUGCAGCUCGAGUCGUGGACAGCACCCUGGAGGAGUUGGAUGGGCGCUUGUCCCUGCGUUUGCCCAUGCCAUCGGAAGCCAGAGAGGAUGCACCAUACCUUCACACGCAUGCGUUGUGGACGUGGGAGUUCUUGGUGCAACGGAGUGUUGGGCUGCGGAUACUUUGCAUCGAGGAUGUCGAUUUGGGCUCUGGCCCACUGGAAUGGCUUUGCAAAGGAUUACGAAGUCACCAGGAGAUCCAAGCUUUGCACUUCACUGGUGUUCACUUGGGCCCAGCUGGUGCCAAGAUGAUGCGCAAUGUCCUGGCGCAGAACAAAUCUCUCAUCGAUGUCAAACUUGAUCGCUGCGGCAUCUUGGAUUCUGGGCUUGCUGAGCUUGCAGAAGGCCUUGCUGAUCACUGUGGUCCAUUGGAAUUCCUGUCAUUGCGCCAGAACACGAUAACUUUCAAGAAAUUGAGCAAGCUGGUGAGUGCCCUUUGCCGCGAUGAAAGCAAGCUUGCUCUAGGAGAGCUGGAUUUGUCGGAGAAUCCCUUGGGAGCUGCUGGUGCCAAGGAACUGGCAAAGCUUUUCAGUUCCGAUGAGCACAAGCUCCGCGUUCUCCGGCUCCAGGACUGCCUAUUGGAUCUGGCUGCCUUUUGGAGGCUUGUCGCCAAGCUUGACAACGAUCGGCCCCUCACGCACUUGGACCUUCGUUUGAAUCCCAUUGGCCGCGGCACUCGCCGCUGCUGGCGCGGCACCAUGGCACCCAACAUACGAUGUGAUGCAGGGGGCCCAGGGGGCAAACAGUGCGACAAGGCCCCAGAGGCACGGUCAAGGAGUUGUCCUAGUAGCGUCCUUGUUCCUAGUAGCGGCGCGAGGCCAGGAGCCCCUAGUAGCGUCCUUGCUCCUAGUAGUGAUGCCCUUUGCUCCUAGUAGCGUCCUUGCUCCUAGUAGCGAUUUCUUGAAGAGCUGCUCCAGCACUCAGGAUCGUGUGAAAGGUGCUUUUGAUAGUUGUCCAUGAUCUGGGGUGGAAAGUAGCAUGUCGCAUUGAGUUAUUGUCAGCUGCUGGCAUUUGGCAAAAAACGUAGGCGCGUCCAGGUGGGACUACCAGAUGU